AUGGAAUUAAUAGCUAAAUUUGACCCAUUCCUUAAGGAACAUUUAAAUAAUUAUGGAAAUAAAGUUAGUGGAAAAUCUAAUUAUAUUUCAUCUCAUAUAAUUCGUGAGCUUAUAUCACUGAUGGCAGAUAAAGUUUUAAAUGUAAUUGUAGAAGAAAUAAAAAAUGCUAAAUAUUUUGGCCUUAUUGUAGACUCAACGCCAGAUGUGACACAUAUAGACCAACUAGCUAUAGUUUUACGUCAUGUAAAAUCUGAUGGCCAAGCCAUUGAACGUUUUAUAAAAUUUAUAGAUAUUUAUAGUCAUAAUGCUGAAUACUUAACAUCAACUGUUAUUGAAACAAUAAAACAAUUAGGUUUAAAUAUUGAGAACUGUGUUGGCCAGCCAUACGAUAAUGCCAGUAAUAUGGCUGGAAAGUAUACGGGAUUACAAGCGCGAAUAAAAAAGAUAGCUCCAGCUGCUGAAUAUUUGCCGUGCGCAGCACAUUCAAUAAAUUUAUUAGAUGUUCGUGCUGUUGAAAGUUGUAAUAAUGCAGUUAAAUACUUCAGUAUUAUUCAAACAUUUUUUUUCUAUAUCAACUCAUCGUUGGGAUAG